AUGAGCCCUCCCGUCGCCGUGGACAAUGACUCAAUCAACGUGGGCUCGGUUGCCGCUACCGGCCCAUUGACGGUUGAUGCCAUCCCUGCCCUGAGAGCCAAGAGCGCAAAGAUUCCCACCGGUGUUGCUCCUGCUACGAACAGUGACAUGUUCAAGAGCCCGGUAUGUUAUUUUCUCGCCUUCACAAACCGACAAUACCCCCACUGCUUCACCAAGCCUCAAUCGAAACGCUGGGAUCACAUUUUCUCCGUCGAAUCCAAGUCCCGGAAGAGUUCAACCUUGAAGGGUGCUGCGCGGUACCUGAAGAACCCCGGAUUGAUCUCUCUGGGUGGCGGCCUUCCCUCUCCGGAAUACUUUCCCAUUGAGCAGCUCUCCGUCAAGGUCCCCAACGCCCCUGAUUUCUCCCCGGAGGCUAUUCAGAAUUCCGGUGCUCUUCUGACCGCGAGUAAGGGUGACGUGCGCACCGGAAAGAGUCUUUACGACUUGGAGGUUGCCCUUAACUAUGGCCAGGCUUCGGGAACUCCCCAGUUGCUUAGGUUCGUGACGGAACACACCGAACUCAUUCACAACCCUCCCUAUGCCGAUUGGCAAUGCUGUUUGACCGCAGGUAGCACGUACGCGUGGGACACGAUCCUCCGCAUGCUUUGCAACCGCGGGGACUACAUCUUGAUGGAAGAGUACACUUUUGCUAGUGCCCAGGAGACUGCGCUUCCUCUUGGACUGAAGGUGGCGCCGAUCAGAAUGGACGGGGAGGGUCUUUUGCCCGAGUCCCUUGAUGAGAUUCUGAGCAACUGGGACGAAGCCGCCCGGGGUGGUCCCAAGCCUUACGUGCUGUACACCAUCCCCACUGGUCAGAACCCAACCGGUGCUACUCAGUCCGCAGAGCGGCGUAAGGCUGUGUACAAGGUCGCCCAGAAGCACGAUGUGUACAUUGUGGAGGAUGAGCCGUACUACUUCUUGCAGAUGCAGCCCUACGCUGGUGCUGACAGCGAGCCCGUCCCGCCCCCGGCGACCCACGAAGACUUCCUCAAGUCCCUCGUGCCAUCCUACCUGAGCCUCGACGUCGAUGGACGUGUCCUUCGCAUCGAGUCAUUCUCCAAGGUCCUUUCUCCUGGAUCUCGCGCUGGCUGGAUUGUCGCCGCGGAUCAGGUUGUGGAACGAUUCAUCCGGAACUGCGAGACCUCGGCCCAGAACCCUAGCGGUAUCUCCCAGCUGAUCUUCUACAAGCUUCUCGAUGAGCACUGGGGUCACUCUGGAUACCUUGACUGGCUGAUCAACCUGCGCAUGCAGUACACUGGCCGCCGUGAUACGAUGAUGCAUGCUUGUGAACAGUACCUGCCUCGCGAAAUUGCUCAGUGGAUUCCCCCUGCAGCAGGCAUGUUCCACUGGAUCGAGGUUGAUUGGAAGAAGCACCCUGGCUUGGCUUCCGGCAAGACUCGUGAAUCCAUCGAAGAGGAAGUAUUCCUCGCUGCCAUUGAUAACGGCGUCCUUGUCUCUCGUGGCAGCUGGUUUAAGGCGUCUGGAGUCAACGAGGAGAAGAUGUUCUUCCGCGCUACGUUUGCUGCCGCUAGCUCGGAAGGCAUCACUGAAGCUAUUCGGCGGUUCGGUGAUUCUCUGAGAGUUCAGUUCGGUCUGUAG